AUGUUUAGAACUAAUUUAUUAAGAUCAUUAAGAACUUCAGUAUCAAAACCUUCAAUUGUGAAAACCAUUCAACCAUCAUCAUUCACCACCAUCACUAAUAAACAAAAUAUCAAUGGUUUUGGUUUUGGUUUCCCAUCAUCAAUGAAAUUUAUUCGUUAUUAUAGUGCCUUCCCUGAAUUAACUAGAGAAAAUACUAAAGAAAGAAUUAUUGAAUUAUUAGAAGGUUAUGAUAAAGUAGAUCAAUCUAAAGGUGAAAUAACUGAACAAAGUUCAUUUACUUCUGAUUUAGGUUUAGAUUCUUUAGAUGUUGUUGAAGUGAUUAUGGAAUUAGAACAUGAAUUUAAUAUUCAAAUUCCUGAUAAUGAAGCUGAUAGUUUGAAAACUGUGGGACAAACUAUUGAUUAUAUUUUAUCUCAACCAGAUUCUUGUUAA